AUGGAAGGUUUUCCGGUGGGAGUUAGGUUUCAUCCUACAGAUAACGAACUCGUGAGCUACUACCUCCACAACAAGGCUACAAUGGGCGACGGGUUUCAGUCCCCUUACGUCUCCGAUUGUCCUGAUUUCUAUGGCAAAUGGGAGCCUUGGACUGUUUGGGACAAGUACGGUGGCAAUUCCCACGUGGAGGACGGAGAGCCUCUCUUCUUCUUCACCAAACGCAAAAAGUUGAACCCUAAUGGCACGCGCUUUGAUCGGAAGAUGGGCACGGGUACCUGGAGCAACCAGUAUUUUGUUAAGGUCGUUGAGGAGGGUAAGGUUAUUGGACUCAAGAGGGACUUUCGAUACGAGGGUGGAAGCUCUUCAGAUCAAAACAAUGCUUGGUUGAUGCAUGAGUAUGAGUUGAACAAGAAUGAUGUGACUGUACUCUGCACCUUGAGAAAAAAACCUACAAAACCGCCACCGCGCGGUAGCGAAACUAAGAAGGAGAGUGUGGAUGAAAAUCAGAGAAAGAGGAAGUUGGACGAAAUUGUUGAUGAUCUUGAACAAGAUCUAGAUGAAAGGAGAAAGCUUAUUAGAGAUCUAGAUCAAAGGAGAAAGCUUCGAGCAAACAGGCCGAGAAAGGAAGAGACUUCUUGUGAGGAACAAGGUGGGAGCAUUACUAUUGAUCAUCAUCAAGGCAGCAGUAGUUGGACGCCAUGUGAUGAGGCUUAUCGGCCUGAGUUGGUUCCGGAUCUCGCCACUGCUGAUGAUAUUGUGUUUACUACUUAUGACUUCUUUGCAUCAACUCCAGAUGAUCCACUGCACGUUGAAUCUAAUGAAUUUCUAGAUCAAUUUUAUGAGGACAACGACUUCAACUGA